AUGAUCAGCGGGUAUACAGUGAGGCGGGUGGAGGGUAAUAGUGUUUUAUCCCAAGGCCGACCACGAUCAAUGAUCGGUGCGUCAGCUGGUCGGCGAGCAUCCCAGCAAGGCACUGAUGCACUUUCACUGGAGAAUCGAGACAAACUGUUGCUGAAUGAAGAGACUACGGACGCUUUUGACCCAAGUUGUCUAGUCAUCAAGGCGUGGGAACACAUUCUCCUACUUUGUUUGCUCUACGAAGGAUUCGUAGUUCCGUAUUUUCUCGCAUUCCAACCAGAAGCAGUUGGCGGAAUGAAUUUGAAAUUUGCGCUAGCCGUCGUGUGCGAAGUGAUGUUCUUUAUUGACUGCUACGUACAAGCAAGUACAGGAUACUAUGAAGACGGGAACCUCAUUCGCGACAAGAAAUUAACCCGAAGACGAUAUUUCCGCUCGUACCGUUUUGCUAUCGACCUGGUAGCAAUCUUACCGUGGCAAGUCUGCGCGCUUCACAGCCCAUAUGUAUUGACAAGGCUCUCGUUACUUAAGUAUGCGCGAUGUUGGCGGCUCAACCAGUUCGUGACGAGUCUGGACGAGUUGUAUGCAAAAUAUUUCGUCACGCUAAAACUGUUUAAAGUUUUGCUAUCCAUGGUAUACAUGGCACACAUGUUGGCAUGUAUCCGCUACAGUUUCGGCUACAAUAAGCACCAUACAAACCACUGGCUGCCGUCGGAUGAGGAAAGUCACCACCCUCUCCACACUCAGUACUUGGGCUCGCUCUUCUGGAGUGUCGGCAUCAUGACUGGCCUCUUCGAAGGAGAAUUACCGCGCCACAGCAGCGAGUUCCUUUUUACGACUUUGGUUGCACUGUGCGGGUUUUCCAUGUUCACUACUCUCGUCGCUACGAUUUUCGUCAUUUCCAAGUGCGAAAGUGGGCAUUCGGAAGCGGUGGAAGCUCGGAUCAACCAGCUCAUUCACCUUCUCUCCUUUCAUCGAGUUCCAGAAAGUCAACAAGCACAAGCGAUUGAGUAUCUUCGACGCUACUACACGGACGCAGAGUCGAAUGAUCGAGAAGCAGCGAAAAGACUGUGCCGAUCUAUUGCAAACGACAUCCAAGUGGAGCUUCUGAAGACAACUUUCGCCCAGAUUCCGAUUUUUGACGGUUGUUCUGAUCUCUUCAUUGUCGCAAUGACGAGUUUGCUGGAAAUGAUCGCGGUGCCUGCGCAAACGAUUUUAUUCUCUGCAGGCGACGACGGCGAUGCCAUGUAUAUCGUUCACUCGGGAGUGCUCGCAGUCAUUAUCAAGUCUGUGACGGUACGCGAAAUCCGUAAAGGCGCUUGCUUCGGAGAGCUCUCGGUCUUCUCAUCUAUCAAACGGACUGCGGCGGUCUUGUCGACGACGUAUUCAAUUUUGUACAAACUGUCCCGGUUCCAUUGCGAUAGAGUUCUCGACGGGUAUCCGGAUUGUGCUGCUUUGAUCGCAGCGCAUGUCGAAUCGACCUUGAACCACAUGCACGGCACCUAUAACUACGUUCUCAACACUAUUAUCUCCCCGAGGGGCUCUGAGAGGUGCUGA